AUGAGGGUGUUUCCUAGAAUCAAAUACCUGUCAAGAGCAGUGCACGAGGAACAAGAACAAGAGCAUGAUGAGGAGAAAAACAACGCAGAAAAGUUGUGCACGUCCCUCACAGUUUGGAGGAAAUCCUUGGUGAUGAGUUGCAAAGGAUUCACGGUCAUCGAUUCUUUCGGAAAUUUGGUGUAUCGGGUGGACAAUUAUAUUGGUCGACCCAACGAAGUCACUCUCAUGGAUGCCUCGGGAAAAUCUAUCCUCACCAUGCUCCGCCGUAGGAGGCUUGGAUUGUUGGAUAGUUGGUUUGUGUAUGAAGGGGAAGUGGGGAACAUUCGUAGGAGGCCAUCAAAGAGUCCAAUUUGUUGUGUAAGGAAACAUGUCAAUAUUUUACAUGGGAACACCAACGUUCUGGCCUACGUGUACCGUGGAGUCUCACAUUCAGGGAAAGGGUGUGUAGCGUUUACUGUAGAGGGUUCCUACGCACAUCGUACGUGUAAGGUGUUGGAUGAGUGCAGAAGGGUCGUGGCUGAAAUUAAGAAGAAGGAAGCUCAUACCAAAAACGUCUCUUUUGGGAUAGAGAUUUUCCAGUUGGUUGUGCACCCUGGCUGUGACCCUGCCUUUGCCAUGGCACUCGUCUUACUCCUCGAUCAAAUGUUUUCGUGA